GAGGACUGGUGGCAUGACCAGCAGCCCUCCCAGGAGGCCGGCGGCUACUACGAGGAGGACCCCGACGAGCCGGACCUUCACGACGUCGAGGCGUUUCUUGCCGAGCACGGGACGGUGACUGACGACGUCCCGGAGGAGAUCUUUCAAGAAGAUGAGGUGGCGGAAGUACUUGCCGCCACGUGGAAGGACAAGCGUCAAGAGCUGAACAGGCUUCACCGCUCGCGGCGCUUUGCGCAGGCGCGAGAGGUCAAGAGGAGCUUCAAGGUUGAAGUGGAGGCCGGCUCUGCCUCAGCCGGCGCCGCAACGGCAUCGAGUGCCUCGGGAGCAAGCAUGGUACAAGCCCAGGGCCAACACUUCGUCUGCUAUGUGAGCGCGGUUGUGCCACCGGAGCAGGGAAAGCCAACGAUGCUGCAGGUCCUACGAGACCGGCUGAGAAGAGGCCCAGAGGAGGCACUGUUGGUGUCGUCGCCGGGCUACGCGGUGCUGGACUCAGGCUGCGGACGGAGCAUCGUGGGCGAGGAGACGCUGGCUCAGUUCCGCAGGUUGUGGACCAAGGCCGGGAUUGAUCAGCCAAGGCCUUCGGCUGAGCGGAACACGUUCAGGUUUGGCAAUGGCCAUGAGGAGGUGACGAACAAGGUGGUUGAGAUGCCCAUCAUGGUGGCGGGUCGCCGCGGAGCGGUGCGAGCCGCAGUCAUCAAGGGGCAGGCACCCCUGCUGUUGUCCAGAGCGGCGCUGAAGCGCCUCAAGGCCCAGAUGGACUUUGAUGCCGACGAGCUGAUGAUUUUCGAGUCCAAGACCCCGGUCAGGAUGAUCGAGGCCGGGCAGUACAUGAUUCCCGUGGCGAACUUCGAGAAUGCCAGCGACCCACAGCCGCGGGAGAGUUGCAGCCAUUGCCUCAGUGCCGAAGUUCGCAGCUUCGAGGGUUCAGAUGAAUGGUCUCUUGAGGGGGAUAAGCUGAUUCGUUAUCACCGCACACGGCGCUCGUGUCCCUUUUUCCCUGAUGAGAGUGAUUGUCCAGUGCCUUUGAAACAGCUUGCUGAUUCCUGCACUGUGGUCAAGGUGAACGAGCAUGGGCUAGAAUCUAGUUCCCAGGCUGAGUGGAAGGUGCCAAAGGUUCUGGAGGAACCUGCUUGGGUAGGGCGUACCGUCUUCCAGGUGCUGCCUCCGCCGGCUCCGAUGAUUCCGGAGAACGAGAUCGCUCUGAGUGA